AUGUAUGCCUCAAAACACCAGACUGCUUUGGCAUGCUGCCUCUUGUUAGUUAUCGAGUCUUCAGCACAAGCUCUAUUCAAGGCGCCUUUUCUGCGUAUCGUAGAACUGGACUUGUGUCGUUCCUAUCACCUGCAGCUUUCUCCUGGAUCCCUGCUCUCGGACGACUUGAGCGAAGAAGACUGCAAAGCGAUCGCCAUACAAAGAGACUUGGCUAUGAUAAAUGCAUACAACGUGGCCAUGUCAUCAAUCAUUGAGAUUAUGACCGCAUUCCCUUACGCGUCGCUUUGCGCAAGAUUCAGUCGACGUCGCAUCUUAGCAGCCAACAUUGUUGGUACAGUCACCGCCUCCACGUACACCAUAUGCAUCUGCUACUAUCACCAGAUCUUCAACAUCAGGCUCAUUCUGUGCCAGUCUCUGUGGCGUCUCUUUGGUGGUGGGGACAGUGUUCUGCUGAGCAUUGCUAAUGCCUUGAUCGCUGAGAGCCUACCUGCAACACACCUGAGUAAAGUGCUUUUUUUACUCAAUGCCUUGCGUCUCAUCGUCAAUGCCAUCGGUCAAAUGGUCGGGGCACGCCUCAUGCAGGAAAAUCUGUGGGCACCUGCACUGACGGGCGUAACGAUGUACUGCCUGGCCAUCCCUGUGCUUUGUUGGAUUGUCGACCCCCAAGACCACACGCGGCGGCUCAAGCUGUCAGAUGACGCUUCUGACGAGACCACCGAUCUUCUACUCGCAGGCGUCAGCGCUAGGACGAAAGAGCGCAAUGGGUCGCCUAUGCGGCUAAGGAUGUGGACACCAAUGACUAGGGCGGUCUGGCGAACCUCAGAACUGUUUCGGGAACCCGCGACGGCCAUGGCACUCGCCAUUGUUUUUUUGAAUGAGCUGGGACACGGCGUGAAUAGCAUUGUGCAACAGUGGAGCAGCCGUAGCUUUGGAUGGACGCUCGCACAUACAAAUUACUUUGUGGCCGGUCAGCGUUUGGUAGCAGCUGCGACGCUGGUUGGAUUCUCAUGGGCGUUUCACGGGCUGCAAAAAGUAGGUAUCGCCAGCGCGAGGCUCGACAUCGGUCUGGUCAAUGUUUGUCAAUGGCUCACGUUGGUGGGAAUGUUGACCGCUGCCAUGUCGUGCCUGAGUGGAGUGGAGGGAACGCGAGUGGUGGUCUUCGUAUGCGCUGUACUCAUCUACAUGAUGGGGUGGGGCAUGACGGGCGCAUUGCAGUCAAGCAUGACUAGGUCAAUUCCAAGAGCGCAGGUUACGAUGCUCUACACGGGACUCAACGUGGCAGAUCGGAUGGCUGGUAUCGUAAGUGGCCCCAUGUUCGCGGGGCUAAUGACAGCCGGCUUUCAGGAGGGGGGCAGAUGGACUUACCUUCCGUUCUGGGUAUCUGUGGGACUCUUUGUCGUGGUAGCAGUACUGACAAGGCACGUGACAAGCUGGUUGAGUAAGGGGAUUAGAAAUGCAGAUGAACAGACUCGGGUAGCUGAAUGA